UUCGACGCCAAUGAGCAUGCAGAAUACAGGAAGGAGAACCUGUUUUACCCAUUCACAUUGAGGGAAGAGUGGGAGGUUGCUGACUUCCUCCUGUGUUCUGCCCUUAGCAUGGCAGCAAUUGACAAAUUUUUGCAGCUCUCCAUGAUAAAACGAUUGAAGCUGUCCUUUAACAAUGCUAAAGAUUUGCGAGGUCAGGCUGAAAUGCUGCCAAAGGGACCAAGCUGGAAAUGCCAAGUCAUUCCCUCACUUCAUGGCACAAAAAGUCCAAUUCGACUAUUCUGGAGGGAUCUGGUUGAGUAUUUGGAGAGUCUCUUCAGUAACCCCCUCUUUCAUGACCAACUUGACUUUGUCCCUCAUCAUGUUUACAAGACUGCAGCAUGGCUCCUGUGUGUAUAUUCAGAAUGGUUGGCAGGUGACGCUGUUUGGAGCAUCCAG